AUGGCGACUAGAAGAAAGGCCACCUUCAGUUCAAGCUCUAGCCACCUGUUCAUACCUAUUGCCCAAUGGAGGUCAGAAACACAUCUUCAGCGCCUCCUAGUCAGCACAACUACAAACAAUCUUGCUCUUGCUUAUGAUAAGAAUCUGGGGCGUUUGGUGACUGCGGGAAGAUGUCUCACACAACAUUUUCGGGAGAUAUCAGGCACCACGAUGUGGACAGCCACUACUGUUACAGACCUUGAUGAGCCAUGUGGGCCAAAUCCCGAAAGGCGGCAAGUAUGCGAAUGCGACAAAGGCUAUAAGAUGGCCGUGACAACCUCGAGACUGAACCCCGACAACUUUGACCCUCACCUUUACGUCAGCUCGGUAGCUUUGCACUUCAGGAUUAGGGGUAUAACCAACUUCAGCUUCUGGGCAAGAGUCCCUUUUACUGCUGUUGAAACCAGAGUUGAGCUUGCCUAUAUCCCAGCCUGUAACGGUGGUCCUAUAUCUCGCAGGUAUUCCAUCACUGAAUACUCUUUCCGCCAGUACGAGGACUGGGCUGAAGCCAUUGACCGAGUUGCUUCAUACCAUCGCAAAGACUUUGGCGUCUCGAAGCGAAUCAAUGCAAUUUUCUCGUUAUGGCAGAAGGUCAGAGAGCUGGAGGCGUCGCCCAUACAACUGGUCGAAAAGUCAGGUCUUGACGGAGCCUUCAGGCCAGUGGUCGAUGGCAACUGA